AUGCAACGAUGCAUCAAUCCCUCCAAACUGCACCUGGACGAUGUGGAUGCUGUCUUCAUCAGCCACGGCACUGUAGCAUAUUGUGGGGCGUUGCCUUUGCUGCACAAACUGCGCUGGCGCAGCCCCCAGGGAGGUGUACAUACACCUCAGAAACACGAUUCCAGCGGAGCAGCAGCAGCAGCAGCGGCAACAACAGCAGCAGCAGCGGCAACAACAGCAGCAGUAGCAGCAGAUGAGCUUCCUAAGGUGUACUGUACGCAUGCAACACAACGCCUCGGUAGAGUAGCUACUGAGGCGGCGCUGCUGGCAGCAACGGAUUGCUUCUGCACGCGUGGUAUUGCUGCUGCUGCUGCUAGGGGCACCGCAGCAGCAGCAGCAGCAGCAGCAGCAGCAGCAGCAACAGCAACAGAAGGGCUGCAGAGUAGCGGCCUUCCUUUCACCGUAUCCGAUGUUAAUGCUGCAUUUGCUGCAUGCAGCCCCAUUUACUAUCACGGGGCUAUUCCAGUGAAGAGACGCAGAAGGCGCUGCUGCUGCUGCUGCUUAAACAGCAACAGCAGCAGCAGCAGCAGCAGCAGCAGCAGCAGCAGUGGAGAUAGCGGCGGAAGUGCAGUUGAAAGGGCUUCUUCUGCAGCACCAACUGGAAAAUGCUGCUGCUGCGCUCAGCAGCAGCAGCAGCAGCAGCAGCAGGACGAAGAGUGUGGGGUGUAUGUACGCUGUGUGCGUAGCGGUUUAAAUAUAGGGGGCUCCGUGUGGAUAGUAGAGAGCGACAGACUAAGGAUAGUAAUUGCUACAGGACAUUCAACUACCCCCUUCUGGCAUGUGGAUGGUGGGGAGCUGCUGCCGCUGAGCAGCGGGGCACAGCCUUUUGUUGCUUCUGAAGGCGCAGCAGCAGCAGCAGCAGCAGCAACAGCAGCAGCACCUCCGUCUCCUUGGUUGGGGACUAGGCUGCGGUGCUGCAGCGUGCUUAUUACUUCAUAUGCAGCAGCAGCAACAACAGCAGCAGCAGCAGCAGGUGGGCUACCGCAGCAGCAGCUGCGGCUGCUGCUGCAGCGUGCAGCAACAGAAGUGCUGCGGGGCUGCACGGUUGUUAUUCCAGUAGAUCUUGAUGGUUUAUGCUUGUCUUUAAUUGCUUAUCUGGAGGCCUUGUGGGGUUGCUGCCAGCAGCUGCAGCUGCUGCCGCUGCUGUUUGUUUCUCCCUGCGGCACUUCGUUCUUAGCAGCAGCAGAGCCGCUGCUUGCUGCUUCAACAGCUCGUGCAGCUUGGGGUUUAACUGUGCAGCGGCGGCAGCACUUCCUUGCUGGCACGACUGCUGCUGAGGUGUUUGCUGCAUGCAAGAGCGCUCCUGCUGCUGCUGCUGCUGCUGCUUCUCGCGGCCCCAACCGAAAGCAGCUGCUGCUGCAGCAAAGGAGACAAAUGCCGCUUCCUGCUGAUGCAUUAUACACCAUAUUUGAAGAAGAGAGAAAGGCACGUGCUCAGAAGAGGCGCCAGCAGCAGCAGCAGCAGCAGCAACAGCAGCAGCAGCAACAGCGGCGGCAACAGCAACAGCAGCAACAGGCUGACGGAGGGGAGUCGCCUCUGCUACUUAGCGAGCAGCAGACGCCAACAGAAUCUAGCAGCAGCAACAGCAGCAGCAGCAGCAGGGCAUCACCGCAUGCAGCAGCAGCAGCAGCAGACUCCGGUGCAGCAGCAGCAGAUGGGGACAUUGACGAGUGCAGCAGCGAGGCGUCAGGAGACGAGCAGCCUCCAGCAGCAGCAACAGGAGCAGCAGCAACAGGAGCAGUGCUCGCUGGUGGCGAAGGGGCGGAGCAGCAACAGCAGCAAGGUGCAGAUGCAGCAGCAGCAGCAGCUGGUGCUGCUGCUGCAGUUGCUGCUGACAGUGGUGCUUUCCUUCCUUCGCCCUGUAGCUACGCUCAGCCUUCAUUUAGUAUGCUGCAAGCAACAGCAGCAAGAGCAUCAGCAGCAGCAGCAGCAGAAGCAGCAGCAACAAACCAACUCUACCCUCGUUCGGCCUCCGGAGGAGAUGCUGGGGGCCAGACAGGAGAGCAGCAGCAGCAGCAGCAGCAGCAGCAGCAGAUUCUUGCUACAUGUGGGGCCCCAAUAGACCCCCGUCUAAAGGAGACCUGGCGCCUGCAAACCUUGACUGCUUCAAUGGGCUCUGCUGCUGCUAAUGGGCCCCACGACGAAGGCAGCGACGCAAGCGACAAUUCGGAUGGCGGCGGCAGCAGCAGCAGCAGCAGCAGACGAAAGAAGGAGCAGCAGCAGCAGCAGGAGCAUUUGCUGCUGCUGCCAGCUUCUGUUGCAGCACAGCGAUUAGCUACAGCAACACUUGCUGCUGUUCGGGGGGGCCCCCGUAGCCGCUUCUUAAAGUUUAGGGAAUUUGCUGCUCCUACACUGACACCUGCUGCUGCUGCUGCUGCUGCUGUUGCUGCUGCUGCUCACCGCAGAAGCGCAGCAGACGCAGCAGAACCUUCGAGGCCUCACUGGAGACAACAACUCAGGCGUUGGCGCGGAGGUGUCGAUCCCUGUGUAUGGAAGGAGACAAAGGAGACAGUUGUGCUGCGGUGUACUGUGCUGCUGCUGCCGAUUGGGGGAGAGGCAGUGCAGCAAGAACUGGAUGCGAUUCUCUGUGCACUAGACCCUGAGCAUUUGCUGCUGCUGCUGCCUUCAGGCCUCCAGCAGCAGCAGCAGCAGCAGCAGCAGCAACAGCUGCAGCUGCUGCCGCAUGCAGCACUUGCAGCAGCAAACACUGCUGGGCUCAGCUGGUAUUUAGAUAUGCCGCCGGAGCAGCAGCAGCAGCGGCUGCACCUGCUGCUGCCAGAGUCCCUGGUGGCCAGCAGCAGCAGCAGCAGCAGCAACAGCAGCAGCAGCAGCAGCAGCAGCAUCGUGCUGCAGGUAAGGUCUCGCCAUGCUGUGGCUGAGCUGUCAGCGCGGUUGUGGGGUGAAACAGCGCGCGCAGGGGUGAAGGUGCAGCAAGAUGUUCCGAUUGCUGCUGCUGCUGCUGCUGCAGCUGCUGCUGCUGGCGGUGAUAGGCAUGACGCUGCAGCAGCAAAGGCAGAGUGUAUUGUAGCAGCAAGACGAGAACCAGAAUCUGUUAGGGUUGUUCGUCUCCGCACUGUUGCAGCAGCGCUGCCUGCUGCUGAUGCUGCUGCCAGCAGCAGCAGCAGCAGCAGCAGCAGCACCCGCAGCAGCAGCAACGGAGGAGCCGUCAUCUCUUGCAGGUGUCUAGGCAGCUUCUGGUCGCGGCAGCUGAAGCCGCAGCUGCUGCUGCAUGCAGCAGACGAAGGAGCAGCAGCAGCAGCAGCGGCAGCAGGAGCAGCAGCAGGAGCAACAGCAGCAGCAACAACAGCAGCAGGAGACGCUGGGGAGCAGCAGCAGAUCGCGGGCAGCGUUGGAGUGGAAGAGAUGCUUGCAACAGCAGCAACAGCAGCAGCAGCAGCAGCAGGUGCAGCAAAAAGGAGGCCGCUGCUGCUGGUAGGACCCCUAGAGGCUUCAGAUAUUAAUACUCUGCUGCAGCAGCAGCAGCUGCAGCAGCCGCUAGCAGCAACACUAACGCAUGCAGGGAAGGGCUUGCGGCUGCUGCACGGUAGAGCGCAGCUUCUCAAGGAUUUAAAGGAUUAG